AUGCAUGAAGGCAGAAGGGCCAGCGUGAGUCUUCUGGAUGGCGACUGUCUGGAGAUAUCCGUAGCUGCUCGGCUGUGUGUGGACGAGGUGCUCGUGCUGGCUGCUCACCACUGUCGCAUAGCGCAGCGCGAUGCGCACUACUUCGGAAUCGCCUUCGUCGAUGAUCACGAUCACUAUCAUUGGCUGCAAGCUGAUAAGAAGCUUCUUGACUACGAAUUUCCGACUACCAAGGCUAUUAUUCGAUUAUCGCACAAUGUUAGUCAUCAUGACCUUGACCAAGAUUCAUUUGAAAGGCAAGUGCUGACGGAGUAUAGCGCUUUGCGUGGUGUUCAGCGUGGAUCUGCAAUAAUUUCGUUGAUGAGAAUCGUGGAGAAGUGCUCGAAGUACGGCAGUCGACUGUACCAAGUAAAUGAAAAGAGCGGCAGUCAUUGCGUACUUUCAAUCAAUAGUCGAGGAAUUCAAGUAUUCGAGAGUGUUGACACAAUACGACCCAAAGAAGAUUUCUCCUGGAAUUUUCUCGAUAAUUUGUAUUACAAAGACCACACAUUUUCCAUAGAAGUUCGUGAUCCAAGAUCGAAGCAGAUUUUCGGUUUGAAUGUGUUAAGAGAGCCGUUAGCAAGGGAUGACGAUCUAACACAAGGCGCUAGUGAUCCUACAACACAGGGGUCCACAUCUCGUCGUUGCCAAUCGAUUUCUACGAAGGUCUCUGUGCACACUUUCGUGUGUGAAUCGAGUGCACUGUGCAGGAGCAUCUGGACAACUGCCAUCGCUCAGCACCAGUUCUUUCUCGAUCAAAAGGAUAGGCAAAGGAGUGGAACUACUGCAGUACCUGGGUGUGAUCAGCAUGAUUUUAGCGAUCGGCUGAAUCGGUUGAUAAGCCAAAGUUCUAUCGGAUCUAGUUUACCAUCGCUGAGUUCAUUACACUCUGCAUCCUCACUCAUCACAAUUCCGGCUGCAAAGGUACCUGAUGGAUCAUGUCCUAAUCGACCAACAUUAAUGAACGGCUUGAGACAAAAAUCUGGUGAGGACCGACAACGUGAUUUAGAACUUUAUAAAAUUCUUCGAGGAAAAAAAGCCGAGUUAGAGGAAUUGCUGAGGUCGCGCCUCCAUGAAUUGCGGUUAAUCUGUUUCGGAUUCAUAGACGAGCUCUGA